AUGAAACUUUCUCUUGUAUUCAACGUGCUCGCAUCUGUAAUCGUUCUUGCUACAGCGUACCCUACUAUGCAGGGAGCUGGCAUCGCGAAACGUUCCUCUGUGGAGCAGCGUGAGGAGCUCAUCGCGGAAGACAUCAAUUAUAACAUAUAUACGAAAAGGGAUGAAGAGAAGUUCGAUGAAAUUGGCAGCUCGUAUGACGAUCAAGCCGUCGUGAAACGUUCCUCUGUCGAGCAGCGUGAGGAACUCAGCACGGAAGAUAUUAAUUAUAACAUAUAUACGAAAAGGGAUGAGGAGAAGUUCGAUGAAAUUGGCAGCUCGUAUGGCGAUCAAGCCGUCGUGAAACGUUCCUCUGUCGAGCAGCGUGAGGAACUCAUCGCGGAAGAUAUUAAUUAUAACCUAUAUACGAAAAGGGAAUGA